AACGACCACCCCACCCCACCACCAAACUAGUACAUAGACAGCAGUUACAUUUCAUCCCCAACCCUGUCGGCAACCAACAUCUUCUCUUAACACAGAACCCAACAAACCAACAAAUAUACAUCAAGGAAAUGCUUUGACGCGGAAGAAUCGAGAGUCCGGAGCCUUGGAGCGAGAGAGAGUUAGAGUGAAGGUUACUGGUGAAGCUUCAGUUAUCUGGGACUGAUUUGGAGUGUGACUGAAUUGGAAAGGGUGAGAGAGAUAUGCCCAAGAUUGGAGCUUGACGACUGAGGGGGUCAAGCUGAAAACAUGUCAAUGUUGGUCCAAGGCCGUGCAGAUUCAACUCCAAAAUCCACGAAAACCCAGAUCAGAAACCAAAUCCCAAUUACAGCAGCGAAUGUCCACCGCUUCUCUGAGGCCAAAUCCCUCGACUUCUCCACAUGGGUACGCGAGAAUCUCUACAAAAUCGUUACGAUCUUCUUCUUGAUCACCACCGUCGCCGGUCUAUUCUUCCUCCGAAAUAGUGGCGAUACAGCCGCAUUACUAUGUCUCCAGUCCAAAGCCCAGGAAUCUCUCGAUACCCUUCAACUUCCUCGCGUGAAUUGGAACUCCGUGCCUUCUAUCACUGACAGGUCUUCUCCUUACGCCAGCUUCCGCUCCGAGAAGUGGAUUGUCGUCUCCGUUUCGGAUUACCCGUCAGAUUCGCUUCGGAAGCUGAUGAAGAUCAAGGGAUGGCAGGUACUGGCAAUUGGGAACUCGAAGACGCCUAAGGAUUGGAGCUUGAAAGGUACGAUCUAUCUGUCCCUAGAGCAGCAAGCGAGUUUGGGGUUUAGAGUAGUGGAUUACUUACCUUAUGAUUCUUAUGUUAGAAAGAGUGUCGGGUACUUGUUUGCAAUCCAACAUGGCGCGAAGAAGAUCUUCGAUGCUGAUGAUCGUGGGGAAGUUAUUGAUGGAGAUUUAGGGAAACAUUUUGAUGUGGAACUUAUUGGGGAGGAUGCUAGGCAAGAGACUAUAUUGCAGUAUAGCCAUGAAAAUCCCAAUAGAACUGUAGUGAACCCUUAUAUUCAUUUCGGUCAAAGGUCAGUUUGGCCCAGAGGUUUGCCACUGGAGAAUGUGGGUGAACUUGGGCAUGAGGAGUUUUACACUGAGGUUUUUGGUGGGAAGCAAUAUAUACAACAAGGGAUUUCGAAUGGGUUACCUGAUGUUGAUUCGGUAUUUUAUUUUACCAGGAAAUCAGGUUUGGAGUCAUUUGACAUUAGGUUUGAUGAACGCGCACCAAAAGUGGCAUUGCCGCAAGGUAUGAUGGUGCCAUUGAAUUCAUUUAACACUAUUUACCAUUCAUCUGCAUUUUGGGCUUUGAUGCUUCCAGUUUCAAUUAGUUCAAUGGCUUCUGAUGUUUUGAGGGGUUAUUGGGGACAAAGGCUUUUGUGGGAGAUUGGUGGUUAUGUUGUGGUCUAUCCACCUACAGUUCAUAGGUAUGACAGAGUAGAGGCAUAUCCAUUUUCGGAGGAGAAAGAUCUUCAUGUUAAUGUUGGUCGAUUGAUCAAGUUCUUGAAUUCGUGGAGGUCAAAUAAACACCGGUUGUAUGAAAAGAUAUUGGAAUUAAGUUAUGCUAUGACAGAGCAAGGGUUUUGGAGUGAGAAGGAUACGAAGUUUACUGCCGCAUGGCUUCAGGACUUGCUUGCUGUGGGUUACCAACAGCCAAGGUUAAUGUCUCUGGAAUUGGAUAGGCAACGACCUAGCAUUGGUCAUGGAGAUUGGAAGGAGUUUAUCCCUCAGAAGCUCCCUUCCGUGCAUCUUGGGGUCGAGGAAGCGGGGACUGUUAGUUAUGAAAUUGGGAAUUUGAUUAGGUGGAGGAAAAAUUUCGGAAAUGUUGUGCUCAUUAUGUUUUGCAGUGGCCCGGUGGAACGUACUGCCCCUGAAUGGAGAUUGCUGUAUGGGCGACUAUUUAAAACUGUGAUUAUUUUGUCAGAGCAGAAAAAUUCAGAUCUUGCUGUUGAAGAAGGGAAAUUGGACCAAAUAUACAAGCACUUUCCCAAGAUAUUCGAGCGAUAUAGUAGUGCAGAAGGAUUUUUAUUCCUACAGGAUGACACCGUUCUUAAUUACUGGAAUUUAUUGCAAGCAGACAAGUCUAAACUAUGGAUUACUGAUAAGGUAAGCAAGGCCUGGACGACUGUGUCAAUCAAUGGAAAUCCAGACUGGCACUCGAAACAAGCAGAAAUGGUAAAAAAGGUUGUUGGUACAUUACCAGUUCACUUCCAAGUCAACUAUAAGGAAGCUAUGAAAGACGAUCAGAGCCUCACGAUAUGCAGUUCUGAGAUAUUCUAUGUUCCACGACACUUUGUAGCCGACUUUGUUGAUCUUGUAAGUCUAGUUGGUGAUAUAGAAAUCCAUCACAAGGUUGCAAUACCGAUGUUCUUCCUAUCAAUGGACUCACCUCAGAAUUUCGACACAUUGCUUAGUACAAUGGUAUAUGAGGGGCAACCUCCACCUUCUAACUCGACAACAACCUUCUACUCUGCCGAAGCGCCUGCUGUUCACCCGUGGAAUGUGUCAAGUGAACAAGAUUUCAUAAAGUUGAUCAGAAUUAUGGCACAAGGUGACCCCCUCUUAAUGGAGUUGUUUUAAUUGUGUAAAGAACACAAGGACAAAUCUUUUCAUACAGAAGAACCACAAUAGACAGGAUUACAGGAAGAAAGAACCAUCUACUCUUUUGUAAUUGUAUACUGAAUUUUUUUUGUUUUCCCUAAUUUUCUUUAGGGGGGAGGCUUUUCUUUUUGUCUUUUUUUUUCCUCUUUUUUUUCUUUUGUUGUAUUCUUAGUUACCUGCUCGUUUUUGUAGAUUCAUCUUGUAUCAUUCAUUUACUAUUGGGAAAUUAUUUCCAAUGUAAGAACUGUGUUUGUUGAUAAUGGUUUUCCACUGUCAGUAUAAUCUCUUUGCUCCUGAA